AUGGCUGACUUUGAUGAGGAAAACGCACGAUAUGAAGAUGAAUCUCCUCAUACGGCCAUACCGACCACCCAUAACUCCCUUCUACCUCCCGAGUUCCUCAAUCUGCAAGCCUUCAAACGAUCAACAUCAAAAGAAAUACUUUUCCAUGUCCUCUCCUUCAUCUCCUUCCCCGUAUUGACAGUCAUCUGUAAAUGGCGGCCACGCUUCCAUGUAUUUCUAAAUCGGAUCCCUGUCUCUUCCUUUCGAGACGCAGAGUACAUCUUACUGGAAGGAUCUAAAGGGCAGUUUCAUGAAGUCAAGACACACACGGUCCAGCUGGAAAGAAUUGUUGAUGUAGAUCAGUAUGGAAAGCAACAGGCUACAACAGAGCUAUAUCGCUGGUUUGAGUAUCGCAAACAGAAAUAUUACUGGUCUGAGCAACUGGGGUGCUAUACGAGACAUGUGUCGCAACUUCGGGUUGCAUUUGAAACAGUGCAUUCAAUGAAGACUGGACUCACGUCUGACGAGGUCGCCACUCGCUACCUCCAAGAUGGAUCAAACACGAUCGAAAUAGAGUCAGUCCCCAUACACAGGAUGAUACAAGACAAGAUUCUCCAUCCUUUCUACCAGUUCCAAAUUGCUUCCGCGAUCAUCUGGUUUUAUGGGAACUACAUCACCUAUGCCACUCUGAUUGUCGCCAUGAGCACAGCCAGCAUCAUAUGGGAAAUCCGCUCGGCCAAAAUGAAUGAAGGGGAUAUGAGAAACAUGAUCGAGCAAAGACAUGUAGCUAUAGUCGUUCGCGAUGGAGUCCACUGUGAAGUCGACUCGAGUGACCUCGUCACAGGAGAUUUGGUCGUGUUGAGCUCAAUAGAUACACGUGUUGUGUGUGAUAUGGUAGUAGUAGAGGGAGAGGUAGUAGCAGACGAGUCUUCUCUAACUGGAGAGACAGUACCAGUCGUAAAGUCACCGCUACCUCAAUUCCAUCCUAAUGGUGAUAUCUACACGUCCGAAAAGCAGAAAAACCAUACUUUAUUUGGAGGCUCGACCAUAGUUCAAGUGAAGAAGAGCAGUGUUGGAUUGGAGAUGGGAGCAUUAGCUAUUGUUGUUGCUACAGGGUUCUCUUCAACGAGAGGAGAAAUGUUUCGAACCAUCUUGUUUCCGAAACCAAUGGAUUUCAAAUUCAAUCGUGACUCGUAUCAAUUUAUGAUGAUAUUGGGUGUCGUGGCAUUGAUUUCCUUCCUCAAUCGUCUCGUUGAUGCGCUUACAGAUGGACGGACAUUUGGUCAAGCUCUGCUAUCAUCUCUCGAUUUGAUCACCAUAGCAGUUCCUCCAGCACUUCCGGUUGUAUUGACUAUUGGUAUCGGGUUUUCGAUGACCAGGCUGAAAGCAAAGCAAAUAUUUUGCAUCAACCCGGAGAGAGUGAAUUAUGCUGGACGAAUCAACACUUUUUGUUGGGACAAGACUGGCACUCUAACUGCAUCAGCACUAAGAUUUGCUGGACUUGCCAGAGCGCAAGAUUCAGCCUUCAGUGCUCUCGAGACGUCAGUAAAAGCAACAGCUGGAGACAUGGAACGAGUCAUGAUUACUUGUCAUAACGUGAAUCUCGUCCAAGAAAAGUUAGUUGGUCAUAGCGUUGAUUUGGAGAUGUUUAAAGCUACGAGCUGGAGCUUAAAACAGGACGUAGAGAACGUAAAAGAAGUACAAGGUCGUGUCGUAUUGGCCACGUGCUACUCUGCAACUACAUCAACCGAGUCAGAAUCAGCCAUUGUCGAAGCAACAGCCAAUCCAUUUGAAGAUCAUCCAACUACUUCAUCUCUUCGAAACGCAAUUCAUAUUAUUCAACGACAUGACUUUGAUGCAGCACUACAACGAAUGUCUGUAGUUUGUAUCGAGUCUGCGUCUGCAAGAUGUUUUGCUAGUGCUAAAGGUUCGCCGGAAGCUAUUCGACCAAUAUGUAGACCAUCAACUAUUCCGUCUGAUUAUCAUGUCGUGUAUCAGCAGUAUGCUUCGAUGGGUCUCUAUGUUUUAGCACUGGCUGAGAAGGACGUAUCACUGAACGACGCCAUAGACGAUCGAAGGUGCAUAGAACAUGAUAUGAAAUUCGUCGGAUUUAUAAUGUUUGACAAUCCCAUCAAGAAGGAAGCAUCAAAAAUCCUAAAAACUCUAGACAACGCACAGAUAAAAUCAGUAAUCAUAACCGGUGAUAAUGCAGAUACAGCUAUACACGUAGCUCGUGAAUUGAAAAUGAUAUUUGACGACGUCUUGUUGGCUGAUGUCAAACAUGGUCGGGCCGUCUUCCACCCAGUCGUGAACUUAUUGCCAAAUCAUCUUGGUCGUGAUGAAGAGUCCAUGUUUGAUGGUAAUUUAUCACCAACAAGUCCUUUGGAAGAUAUCUCCAAAGUCUGUGGAGAGUUGCUCAAGCCACCUAGUAUUGUCAUGACUGGAAGUGCUCUAGAAAUGGCUAUCAAAGGACUAGACAAGAAUACAUUAUUAUGGCUUAUACGCAAUACGAAAGUGUUUGCAAGAGCCAAACCAAUGCAAAAGAGCUGGAUUGUUGAGCAAAUGCAAAGUCUUGGAAUGUCUGUUGGUGCUUGUGGUGAUGGUACCAAUGAUUGUGGUAAUAGAAUGCUCAAAGCUGCUGAUAUUGGAAUCGCAUUAUCAAAUGCCGAAGCAUCUAUUGUUGCACCGUUUACAUCAGCCAAUAAGUCAAUUGAGGACGUACCAAUACUGUUAGCAGAGGGACGAUGUGCGCUUGAGACAUCAUUCACUGCUUUCAAGUAUAUGAUAUUGUAUCCUAUCAUACAGUUGAUGAUGGCUGCCAGCUUGAAUCAAAUUGGUUCAACACUGUCCAGCAAUCAGUAUCUCUUCGAUGAUCUUGCUAUAGUGUUGGUCUUGGCAUUGCUGAUGCUAUACACUGGACCAGCAAAGCACUUGAUUGCAGAUCGCCCAACAGAAGACCUCUUCUCACCCAUCAUUCUCGCCUCAAUCGGAGGCCAAAUCCUCAUAUGUGUACUAUUCUAUGCCGGAGUCACAGUACUCAGUCGCAUUCAGCCCUGGUUUUGCCCAACAUCAAUAGCCCUGUCAAGACUAAAUCUCGACACUUGGCAACCAGUAGAUCCAUCCGCAGACAUAUCAACCUCAUAUCCAUGUUAUUUUAUAAAUCCGCCAACAGACGUAUCCUUUGCCGACGGGCUCCUCAUAUCAUCACAAGAGAACGUCGUAACUUGGUUGUUUACGCACUUCCAAUACGUAAUCGUGGCAUUAGCAUUCAGCGUCGCCACAUCAUAUCGAAAGCCAUUCUAUACGAAUCUGCCAUAUCUCGCCUACAUGAUCUUCAUAUCGGCCGUGUUGACGAUGAUUGCCCAGUAUCCUUCAGAGUCUCGAUCGGCAUAUUUCUUGAACGCCGUAUUCUCUUUAAGGGCUGGCCUACCACGUAUCUUCCGUCUUGAACUGAUUACAAUAGCGUUUGCGCAGAUGCUAGUGGCUGUAUUGUGGGAGCUGGUGGUUGUUGAACGUCUAGUUAGGAUGUGGGUGAGGAAGAGGCAGACGGUUGCUGUUGAGACAGCGGAGACUCAUCGAGUGGCAAACAUACAAGCUAGGAAUAUGACGCCACAACAAAUGAUGCACAAUAGAUCGUGGAUGAGACAAGCUAGCAGUCGGUUCAAUAGAGGUGAUGAUGAUAUAGAGAUGUUGAUUGUAAGAGAAUAG